GUAAGUCACUCUUAUUCCGCCGGACAACACAGUCUCUCCCUCCUACGCCUUCCCUCGGGCGCGAUGCCCCCAAACGGUGAUCCCGACGCGGAAGACGCGCCUUCGGAUACGUGUCAAUAUCCAAACAACCAAGAAAAUGAGAAACGAACCCUACGUCCUAAGGCACCAAGCCAGCGAACGUCAUAUAUUGAAGAACAGGAGAAAGAGGCCGCAAGGAGAGAGGCAAUAAGAGCAAAGAAAGGCAAACGUAGUGCCCCCGAUGAACCAAACAACGAAGGACCCGCAUCAACACAGAUCACUACCGAUGGUCACGCUCGAGUGACGAAAAGGGAGAUGGCCAGUGGAUGGCUGUAUGUGAAGUCUUUGUUGAGCACUGGAAGCGAAGUACAAAAAGAGCUCUCGUGUGGUAAUUUUUUAAGCCUUGAGAUGUCAACAUUGAACAUCAUCAAAUGUAGCAGUGCUAGAACGACGAAAUCGCCCCUAGGGCAUUACCACAGGACAGCAUUUAUAGUAGUGCAAGCACCGCCGCAUGGCAAGAAUCGUUGCGCCACAACACAAGGUGAGCAGCUCAUAGCCCUGAUGAUGACCUCGAUUCACUGCAGACGGGGGAGUCGUUGGAUGAGCGCGUGGUUGCGGCACAACUACUGCGCAUCUGUCUCAUAA